CCCGCAUCUUCUAGUCGCAUCGGCUCGAUCUCUUGCUUCCCCAUGCAUGCUGCAACUAACAUUCGCCAGGGGAGGCGGAAGCCAAUCCGCCCUAAUUUGUUUGUGCUCGUUCGCUUUCGUGCAGCAGCUGUUCGCGGCAGCUUCCAGCCGGGAUGCCUUUGCCCGUCAUCGCCUCUGCCUUGGCCGUGCUCAGCUGGACAGGACCUCUCCAGGCUUAAGCUCUCAGCGGCUGAGAUCUUCACGGCUGCUGUCGCGCAACAUCGCAACUGCAUCCCCCAUAGGUGCAGCUGUUAUCUCUCACUUCUGCUACCAAUUGGUUCUGCAGAUUGGAAUUUCACGAUGUCCUACGCUCCCCUUGUGGCUGCAUGCGCAUCGCCCUCACCCAUGCCAAGUGUAUCGUGGUCUUCAGUUUGCGGACAUGGUUUCUCAGCCACGAAAUUUAAAGCCAUACUAUAGAUGGACUUUGCGGAUUUGGACCCAUUCGUACGCGCUGCUCCUUGUUAGAUCCAUUUCUGCCAUCUGGGUGUCUGCAUAUAUUGAUUGGUGUCUGCACAUGGCAAUUUGGAUCUGGCCAUCUUCCCAGUAACUCGGACCUUACCGCCUGUGAGUUGUGAGCGUGCCCCAGACGCUUAGGCCACUCAGCUGCUCAAAUGAAGUCCUGAAAACUGGUGCCACCCAAGUUCCGCAGAAGGACGACGGUCCGCCUCCGGCUUUGUACAUCCAUCUCAGCCCAGGCUCCAAAUCUUUCCGCUCAUCUCCAUCUCGAGCUCUAUCACGGCUAGCAGUCCCAAGCUCUGGCUCGAGGUAGCCCGACGUUAUUAGACGUUUCUCGCAACUUCGGACUCGCCUGC